AGUAAGACAAAUUCCGGAUAUCAACCUAAGUAUUCGUUUUCUGCAAUAGCAAGUCCACCUCUCUCCCCCCUACUGGAACCGACUAUUCCCGAACUUCUCAAAGCCAAAUACUACUAUGAUCGCUACAACUGUCGAUAUUUUGCACCAUUUCUCUUGUUGUUCAUCUAUUCUCUACUUGGCGCUUGGAUUUUCUACCUCGUCGAAUAUGAGAAUGAGGUGGAAAUGAAAUUAAAGGAAUCGAAGGAUCUGGAUCGAUUGCGACAUCAUUCCUUUCUACGUUUUCUCGACCUAUUCCAGACCAAACGGGAUUUGCUGCUGUGGUACGAGAAGGAACUGGAAAAGGUCAAACUACCAGAGGCCCUAGAGUGGGACAUGUGGGGAGCGCUGUUCUAUGUGGGAACGAUAUUUACAACAAUCGGAUACGGUAACAUCGUUCCUCGGACAAUAACUGGACGAGCAUUAUCCGUGGUGUACGCCAUGAUCGGUAUUCCAUUGGUAUUGGCGAUACUUUCGCGAUUUGGUCAAUUCCUGGAGCAUACGAUUACUCGAGCGUGGCUGAAACACCGUGAGAAAUUCAAACGUGCUCACAAAAAAACGAAAAAAUAUCUAACAUCGUUCCCAUUCGAAUCUCUCUUCAGGACUAUACCGAUCUGGCUUGCACUGUUAUUCUGUAUCAGUUGGAUAUGCGCUUGUGCGGCUCUGUUCCUUAUAUGGGAAAAACGAUGGACGUUUUUUACGAGUCUCUACUUCUUCUUCAUUUCACUUUCUACGAUCGGUUUGGGCGACGUUGUUCCCGAUCAUCCCCACAUGUUAAUAUUGAUGUUUUGGUUAGUGAUUAUUGGACUAUCAAUCGUUUCUAUGCUGCUUACUGUAAUUCAAAUAAAAUUCGAAGAAUGCUUGUACAACUUCAUGAUUAGAAUGCAGGUUCGUUAA